CCACUGAACCUAAGCAAGCCCAGCCUCGAGUCUAUUUCCAGAGCAUAAUAUUCACAAAUAUUUAGGUCCCCCCGGACCCUGCAUUCACUAUGUCUGGUCUCCCCGGACCCUGCAUUCACUAUAUGUGGUCUCCCCGGACCCUGCAUUCACUAUAUGUGGUCUCCCCGGACCCUGCAUUCACUAUAUGUGGUCUCCCCAGACCCUGCAUUCACUAUAUGUGGUCUCCCCAGACCCUGCAUUCACUAUAUCUGGUCUCCCCGCACCCUGCAUCCACUAUAUCU